GUAGUAGCGUAGUACGCGCUUCUAUGCGUGUGGUCACGGUGUUCUAAUAGAGAAUACACAGAAUCAAACUUUCGCUGUGAUAUUUUAAUGCAGAAGAGGGAAAAGCCCGUUCUUGACUUCCUCCUCAUUGUUUACCCAUAAUCAACUAUAUAUACCAACUACCAAGACUAACUUGUCCUUUGAAUUGGCCAAUUGGAAGUUUCAAUUCCGAACCACACUUGAUUUCAAAUCUGGGUUUAUUAAUCAAAAGGUCCAAAACCCACCAAGGCGAAUAUAGAUUCUUCGGCAACAUUCUUGGUUAGCACAGCCCUCUUGGUUUUCGGUUGAAGCACCUUUGUACCAUAUCAUGGCGGUUAAGACCAAUGGGUUUGUUGUGCCUGAAGAACUGAUGAAGCUACUGUUAUCUCUGGCUUCAAGUUGGGGGGAUUUGAUUGAUACAAACAUGUUAAAAGUGGUACACUUAAAUGGAGCGAUGACUAAUGAAGUUUACAGGAUAAGCUGGCCUACAAAGACAGAUAAUGAUACAACUACUAGGACAGUUUUAGUUCGGAUUUACGGUGAAGGAGCAGAGCUUUUCUUUAACCGGGAGGAGGAAAUUCGGACUUUUGAGUGCAUAUCGAAGCAUGGCCAGGGGCCUCGGCUUCUUGGCCUGUUCCCAGAAGGGCGAGUGGAGGAGUUCAUUUAUGCUAAGACACUAUCAGCCGGUGAUCUCCGUGACGUGGAAGUAUCCGCUCUUGUAGCAGCUAAAUUGAGGGAGUUCCAUAAUCUUGAUAUGCCCGGUCCUAAGAACGUGGUUCUAUGGAAUACAAUGAGACACUGGCUGAAUGAGGCCAAGAGCUUGUGUUCCUUUGAAAUAGCAGAGGAAUUUCGCUUAGAUACUUUGGAGGAGGAAAUACUCCUACUGGAAAAGGAGUUGUCACGGGACGACCAAGAAGUUGCGUUUUGUCACAAUGAUCUGCAAUACGGUAACAUCAUGAUGAACGAGGAGACCAGAUCAAUCACUCUAAUUGAUUAUGAGUAUGCCAGUUACAAUCCUGUUGCCUAUGACCUUGCAAAUCAUUUCUGUGAGAUGGCAGCUAACUAUCAUACAGAAACACCUCAUGUCUUGGACUACAGUGUAUAUCCCGGUCUAGAGGAGCGACGAAGAUUUGUACACAAAUAUCUUUGUUAUGCGGGGAAUCAACCCAGUGACAAUGAAGUAGAGCAGCUUAUGGAUGAUGCAGAGAAACACACUCUUGCUAACCACCUGUUCUGGGGUUUAUGGGGAAUUAUCUCCAGUUAUGUGAACCAUAUUGAUUUUGAUUACAUGGAGUAUGCAAGGCAGAGGUUCCAGCAGUUCUGGUUGAGGAAGCCUGAACUCUUGGGCACCACAAGAUGCUCAUUCGAUUGACUCCAAGGGGUUGGUCGGGUGGAUCGGGAACUCUCUUACGAAGAGUGAUGCUUGGGUUAGAAUCCCAAUGUUGUGGGUUGUAACUUCUUUCCGGCAUGCGAUUUGCAUAAUAUAUAUACGUAAAGAUGUAAUCAACGUUAGUAUUUGUAAUAAAAUUAAUAAAAUUUAGAGCUUCUCCAA